CGAAGCCGGAAAGCCGAGAGCCCCAGAGAUAGUAGAAUGCUAGGCUCUUGACCCGCGUCCCAGUCACUUCUAGGAUGUCCUUACAUUGGGCAAGACGCAAGAAAAUCAAGCGGCUUGGCUAUCAUGGUCGCGGCCGGUACGCUGGACAUCGACGGCGUGCCGCAGACUUCGGAGUACUUUGCAAUUGAGGCUCGCGCGCCGAGCUACGAGGAGACUUGGACACAGAACAGAAGCUCAUCACGGGAAAAAGUCACCAAUAGACGCCAGCAGGGCGUCAUGUAGCUGUAUCAGUCACCGAGAGUGUCU